CAUCGAUGUUAAAAUCGAUGUUUCUCACCUCUACUAGCGUGCGCGUAUUUUACAAUUAAAAAAAAUUGGCGAAGCGACUCGAUUUUCGGCAAACAAAAAGCGAAGAAGAAGAGGAGGCAAGCGAAAAUAAGUAAGCGUGUGUGUGUGCGUCUCGAGAGCGAGCCAAAGAGCGAGCGUGCUUGUGUAUUUUGCACCCAACACGAGAGAGAUAGAGAGACGAAGCGUGUGCUCGUGAGUGUGUGUGUGUGUGUGAAGGGACGCCGCUAAAAAAGGCGCAGAAAAGAAAACCGAAGAAGGAUUUUCUUUAUUCGUUUGCUAAUUAAAUACAGGCCGGAAAAAAACAAGGAAAAAUGGAGGAAGUUGCUGUAAAGAAACGCGGCCGACCGCCAAAGGCAGGCAGCGGUGGUAGAUCCUCCUCGGCGGCGGCGUCGGCGGCAUCUUCGCCGGGCGCCAAAAAGCGCGGUCGUCCCGCCAAGAACAAGGGAUCGAAUUUAUCAGGCGGCGGUGGAGGAGGAGGUCAGCGGGGUCGUCCGCCCAAGGCGUCCAAAAUCCAAAACGACGACGAUCAGGAUGAGGACGAGGUGGAGGAGGUGGAAAAGGAGGGCGAGGAGGGCUCCGACAACGAGGUGGCCAACAACCGCUCUCCCUCCCCCUCCCCCUCUCCGCCGGCCAAGGGCAGGGGUCGUCCCAGGAGCAUUGGAGGAGGCGGCGGCGGUGGUGGUAGCGAUGCAGCCAAGUCGCCUGGUUCCGCCAAAAAACGCAAGGCCGGCAGGCCCAAGAAGCACCAGCCCAGCGAUAGCGAGGAGGAAGACAACCAGGAUAACGACGAUGAUGAUAGCAGCGUUGAGGAACCUCGGCAGGUAGGCCGGCCAUCCGCUGGAUCCGUCAACCUAAACAUAUCGCGCUCGGGACGCGGCCAGGGAAGACCCAAGAAGCGGGCACAGGGUGACGAUUACAAUGGCGAUGGUGAUGAUGAGCCACCAGUGCCCAAGAAGCGUGGUCGUCCGCCACAGAACAAGUCGGGCGGCAGCAGCGGUGGCAACAACGCCUACGUGCCCACCGGUCGUCCACGCGGUCGCCCAAAGGCCAAUGCCGCUCCCGCCGCCGAGAAACAGGUGGCCGAGGAUAAUGGCGAUGAUGAGGACGACGAUAACUCCGUGGAGGAGGUGCAAUCCUCGCCGGAGAAGACGGCAGUGGCGCCAAAGAAGCGCGGACGUCCCUCACUUACCGCCGGCAAGGCGCCCAAGGAGGGAACUCCCAAGCCACGUGGUCGCCAACCCAAGGCCACUAGCGAUGAUGCAGAUGAUGCCGAUUCCACCGACCAGGGCGAGCACAACAACAGCAAGAAGGAGUUGAACGAUGAGGGACGUCGUACGGAUGGCACACCAACCAAAGGAGAUGGCCUCAAGUGGAGCUCCGAUGGCGACAAUGAUGCCAACGAGGAAUAUGUUUCGGAUGUCUACAACGAUGCCGAAUCGGUAGCUGCCUAAAAAUUAAAACAAAACAAAAAACAUUUCCAUACCCAACCCAUCCCUUAAGGUCAACAUAAAAUGAAUAUUGAAAAAAAUAAGAAAACCCAUUAUCUGCGAAUAAGAAAUAAGACCACAAAAUACAAAAAGAAAAACCAGGACAGGACCUUCUGGACUUUCGUGAACCUUCCCAUCCUUAAACAACAAACAUUAACUACAUACAUAUUCCGAUUUAUUGCUGAGAAAACGAAAAGACGUUUACCACACUCCUCUGUAAUGAAGUGUAAUUUGGAAGAACGAUUUCUAAUUUGAUUGCAAUUUUCAAAUAAAUAACAUAUAUGUAUUAGAGUA